CGCACGCGUCACUCCAACGAUUCAACGAUUCUUUGUUAGAAUAAAUACUUAUGCAAUAAUGGCACUCUUACUACCAUAUAUUAGAAGGGUCACUAUAACUAUAGAGUAACCACGAAUAUUUGACCAACUUUGACUUCUCUUGAAUUCAGAAACUUGGAACUUGGGAAACGCGGUAGAGCAUCAUCACGUGUCCGUGUUAGAUUCGCAUUUAUACAGCUUUGGCCUUCUAACUUCAAGCUUCACCGGCUCACCCAUCGAUGAAACGCGCGAAGACAAUUUCUGCGUUUGCGAUUCUGUUAACAGCUCUGUGGCGCAUAUAUACAACAAUCCAGGAUCUUUCUUUCAACAAUCCUCACUCGUUGGAUGUCUAUCUUUCAGCCAAAUGUCUUCCGUUUCUCAAGAACGAAAUUGUCAAAUAUAUUCCCACUCAACCUGAAACAGUAUAUCUAGAGCGGUAUAAAACUGUUCAAGAGAUGAUUUUGUGCCGACUAGCGAAGAGGUCACGGGAAGAGGACAAUGGGCGACCGCAAGCCAAUGGUACAACAAACACCUUAUGUCCAGAUGCGAACCUAGAUUCCCUUCGCGUUGACACCUUAUGUCCACUGAUUCGCCGGAAGAAAAUUCUCUUUGCAGGACCAGACACAACGUUCUAUUUGCACGCCAACCUGCUACAAGCAUUUGAGCUACAUGAAAACAGAUCACACAGCUGCCUUGGUACCGAAUUCUGCACAUUUCAUCAAAUCUGUCGCGUACCUCGCUCGUCAAAUUCGGCAGAGCCAUUCUUUCCGCCCGGUGGAUUUAAGAAAUAUCCAAGCAACCGCGAACUCGAUGCGUCUCAAUCAGGUAUCCUCAAAUACAUCUUGUCGAAUUCGCUCUAUGUAGGCUCUGAUAUGCAAGACCCGAGAUAUACCGAUCCCCUCGCGCAAGUCGAUCAAGACACAGGUGUGCGACAGAAAGAACGGUAUUGGUUAGGACAGGCAAGAAAGGCGGACGUGCUCGUUCUCAACCGAGGCCCGCUUCCUGCUCCUGCGUGGACAUAUGACGGAACACUCCAAGGCAAUUGGUCGUUUGUGCAGAAGCCACUUAGAAUCAUGCGCGGUAGAGAAAUUGAACGAGACGGUAGAGUGGGUGAAAACACGUUGGAGUCCAGGAAUUUGUACGGAGAGGGCAUAUUGGAUAUUGCACUACGUGUGACAGUGGCUAAAUUUCUGCCAGAAAUUGUGGAAACGCUGAAGGCGCUGUCUAAGGAAGCACAACAACAUAGGCAAGUGGUACUGUGGCAUGGAAGCUGGAUCAUGGAACCGGAGUGUGCGGGGAAAGAUGCUAGAGGUUUGAGUACACUCGAUUCCAAGAUGGAUUCAUGGACAUUGUUUUAUAAUGCGCAAGGUAAGAUGAUUGUCUAUCAUGGUAGGGAGUAGCCUGACCGUUGCGAUGCUUAGUUCACAUGCAGAACUACGUGCUUCGAGCUCUGCUUCCGCAUUACAAAGUGUUGUUCGUCCCCAUGAUGGUGCCUUCAUGGUUUUCAAGCGGGAUAGAUAUGGGGUACUCGA